CAAACGGCGGCACCUGGACGGUAAAAGGGCUAUCAUUCUCAACAAAAUUGAGAAAAUUUUAAAGUGAUAUUUAUUUGAAACAAAAUAAACGAAGGUCGAGAGAGAGAGAGAGGGGUAGAGAAAAACGUAGAAAGCGAAUAGAGAUACAGAGCAUUGAUUCUUGUAGUCGCCUCAUAUUGAUAUGCUUGGAGUCUCCUAUGGACAGCUCCUCCUCUUGAUCGGAGCUGUUGUUGCCUUUACAGGCCCAAAGGACUUCCCCCGUGUAUCGAGAUUAGCAGGGAGGAUGGCUGGUCGUGCCAUUGGUUAUGUUCAAUUAGCUCGUGGUCAGUUUGAUGUUAUAAUGCACCAGUCUCAAGCUCAGCAGGUGCAUAAAGAACUAAAAGAUACAAUGGCUCAAUUGGAAGCUAUACGUCAUGAAAUUAGAACCGUCUCUUUUAUGAAUCCUGGUCAAUUGACGACAAGACUGGUAGAUAAUCUUGAUCAGACAACCGCAGCAAAUGAAAGCACAGAAUCAGAAAAAGUAAUAACAGAGAACGUAUCAAGGACAACUACUCCCAAGGAUUCUGGUUUAAAAGCCUCAAGCUCGUUUAAUAUCCAUAGCAAAGCAACUGCCUCAAGCUCGUUUGAUAUAUACAGCAAAGCAACGGCUUAUGCAAGUUUGGCUGAAUCCUCUGCUUUAAAUUCUGGGCCUGGGACUAGUGAUAUAAGUGAUAAAUCUGGUCUUCUUGCCGUCCUUCCUGUAUCAGCAGAAAGUGCUGGAUUGCUACCAAAUCGCAAGGGAACUGUCAGUGGAUCUGACCUAGUUUUGGAAGCUAUUGUAGAGGCAGAGGUGGCAAACAAUGCAAAAGAAUUCUUUGCACAACCUCAAAAUCAAUUGAAACCGGAGUAAUAGAUUGUGUGUUUUACAUCUCCGCUCAUUUGUUGAAGACUAAUUCUAUGAAUUAGCUACUGGCUACAGUAAUUGAAGUUAUAUAUUUAGUUAGUGAAACUUACAAUCAUUUAAAAUUGUCAGUCUGCAGUAGUAGGAACUUUAUCUGGAUAUCUGUACAUGUAUCAAGUCAUGUACACUUCUGCAUAUGUUUCUGCAGAUCAUGGAUCUUGUACUCCAUUUUGGUAACUAUUAGGCUUAUAUAGUUUGUAGAUUUUGUACACAAUUCAAAAUUUGCAUGUUACAAGUCUGAACCUUUAUAUGAGUGAUAAAAGUAAUCACGGUGAUAUGUAAUGGCAGAAAAAGUGUGAAUCUUUGUAGGAUCC